AUGCUUUUUUCUCAACUUCUUACUAGUGAAGAGUCUUUGCAUUUGUUGAGAAAAGCAGAGGAAGAAGCAGAAAGACAAGAAAUUCGUAGACAAAAAAAAAGAAGAAAAAGAACAUAUAAAAAUGGAACAACAAUGUAUUAG